CACAACUCAAAAUUCUCGAGCCGACCAGCAUGACCACCCAGCCGACACUGGCCGUGAAGCGCCAAGCGCCCGAGCACGAUGCUGUGCUCAAGUGCCCGUCCGUCGCCAAGACGCCGCGCGUCUACAGCCUCGGCGCGACCAAGGUCACGACCCGGACCAAGGGCAACCUCGCCGGCGCCGACGCCUACAUGAGCUACCGCUUUGCAGUCGUGUGCCCGCGCACCACGAGCUGGUGGAUCUUUGACCGCCGGUACUCGGACUUUUACGCGCUCCGCGCACUGCUCCGGGACCUGUCGUCGACCACGGACGCCAAAGCGCAGCAAAUUGCGUCGGGCCCGUUCCCGCGCCGCCGCCUUGUGUUUGCCGUCGACAACCGCAGUAUCGUCGACGAGCGCUCCGAAGGACUCGCUCGGUUCACGGCCGACGUCGCGCGGCUGGUUGCAGCAACGCCGGACGACCGCAAGGGCGACGACGUCGGCCAGCUCGUCGGUAGCUUUCUCCGUGCGCCGCGCCGCUCAGAGGCUCUUCGCAAGCCGUGCAGCCUUCCGCACGACUGCCCGAUUUGCUUGGAAGAGACGACGGCGGGUGAUCGCAGCCUCCGAACCGCGUGCGGCCACAGCUUCCACGAAGCGUGCUUGGUCAAGUGGCUCGAGACCGAGGCUACGUGCCCGCUCUGCCGCGCGAGCGCCACGCACGGCACGCUCAACUAGACGUGUCGACGUACAUAUUAUUUAAGUUAUCACAUUUAUUGCGAGACACUA